GGAAACAAUUUUUGGUUAUUUUUCUCAAAUACUAACCCCUACAUGUCACAAGAUAUCAAAGAGCAACAACUACAACAAAUAAGCCAUAUGUUUCAUGCCUAUACGAGUUCACGUACUCUGAUGACGGCAGUGCAGUUGGAUAUUUUUCAAUGUAUUUCUCAAGGCAAUUCUACGGUGGAACAGGUGGCGACUGCUAUAAAUGCCACUACUCGAGGUGUGCGCAUGCUAUUGAAUGCAUUGGUGGGUUUGCAAUUUCUGAAGAAAAAGGAACAGAACUAUGAAUUGGAGCCCAUAAGUUCCAGAUUUUUAGUGAAAACAAGUGCUGACUAUAUAGGUGCUAUGUUUGAAAUAGACGAUCUUUGGAAUACGUGGUCCCAUUUAAAUCAAGUAAUCAAGACAGGUCAUCCUCCUAGAGCAUUGGAACAAGAGCAAAAGGCAACCGAAUUCUUUCCUCAUUUGGUCAAGUCGUUGCAUGCAAUGAGCAUUGGUCGUUCCAAUCGUUUAGCUGAUAUUUUAUUACAAGACAAAGUCAAUAUUCCAUUACAAGUACUGGAUAUUGCAUGUGGUUCAGGAGUGUGGAGUAUUCUUUUAGCUGAAAAAUCCGAUAAAGUGAUGGUGACAGCACAAGACUUUUCCAAAAUACUGGAACUAACAAAAACUUAUGUCCAACGUCACGGAGUACAGAAACAAUAUUCCUAUUUAGCCGGAGACUUGAAGCAACUUGAUUAUGGAGAAAACAGAUAUGAUAUUGUCAUUCUUGGAAAUAUUGUACAUUCGGAGGGUGAAAAAUCCUCUCGAAUAUUGAUUCAAAAGCUUGGCAAAGCUUUGAAACCCCAUGGAAGAAUAGUUAUCAUCGAUAUGUUUCCAAAUAAUGAGAGAAGUGCACCAGCGUAUCCAUUACUAUUUGCUCUCAACAUGUUGGUCAAUACCACGGAAGGAGAUACUUAUACAUUCGAGGAAUACUGUCAGUGGUUGAAUGAAGCUAAUAUACCCAAGGUGUUUAUGGAAGAAAUAGCACCAGAGUUUUCAGUUGUUAUUGGUGAAGUAUUGUAGACACUUUCAAUAGCUUUUAUCUAGUUUGAUAGUUUAUAGUAAACAUUUGUUUUUGUUA